GAGACCCAUUACCAAUGCCAAGAACAAGAAACCAGAGAGGACAGCCGCGAAUACAAUCCGAAUCCCCUCCAAAAACCCACCAUACCGUCUCCCCCAUCUGCAAGAACAAGAUCAGGAGAGCAUCCUAGGGGGAAGAAACAGGAGGGGGAAAAAGAAGCCCAGAAAGACCAACUGACCAAACAAAAAGGUGGCAUCUUUGUGUCACCGAGGCACCGCCGAUCACAGACCAAAGCCCGCUCCUCUGGUCCAUCCCAAGCGUACAGCAGCCGAGAUUUCUUCGAUCUGCGCUUGCGUUUUUUUUUCUUGUAAAGAUUUUAGUUUUCCCCCCUUCAACUGUUGCUAGCCUUGAGUCGCUGAGAAGUUUCGAGAAGGGUGGUGUGAGUGUCGGAUAGCUCAAGAUGGAUCCGGCGUUGCUGGACGACGUCAUACGCCGGCUUCUGGAGGUGAAGAAUCUCAAGCCUGGGAAGAACGCGCAGCUGUCAGAGUCGGAGAUUAAGCAGCUCUGCGCUGCCGCCAAGGAGAUCUUCCUGCAGCAGCCCAACCUGCUGGAGCUCGAGGCCCCCAUCAAAAUCUGCGGUGAUGUCCAUGGCCAGUACUCUGAUCUCCUGAGGCUAUUUGAUUAUGGUGGCUAUCCGCCUCAGGCCAACUACCUUUUCUUGGGUGAUUAUGUGGAUCGUGGAAAGCAAAGCCUAGAAACAAUAUGUCUUCUUUUGGCUUACAAGGUCAAGUACCCGGAGAACUUCUUUCUUCUAAGGGGCAACCAUGAAUGCGCAUCAGUAAAUCGCAUCUAUGGUUUUUAUGACGAGUGCAAACGCAGAUUCAGUGUAAAGCUGUGGAAAACAUUCACAGACUGUUUUAACUGCUUGCCAGUGUCAGCAUUGAUAGAUGAAAAGAUUCUCUGUAUGCAUGGUGGUCUAUCUCCGGAGUUGAACAAGCUUGAGCAAAUACUCAACCUGAAUCGCCCCACAGACGUGCCUGAUACUGGAUUGCUCUGUGAUCUUCUUUGGUCUGAUCCUUCCAAUGAAGCAACAGGCUGGGCCAUCAAUGAUCGUGGUGUUUCAUUCACAUUUGGUCCUGAUAAAGUUUCUGAAUUUCUUGAGAAGCAUGAUUUGGACCUUAUCUGCCGAGCACAUCAGGUUGUCGAAGAUGGAUACGAGUUUUUCGCUAGCCGUCAACUCGUAACAAUAUUUUCAGCCCCUAACUACUGUGGAGAAUUCGACAACGCUGGUGCCAUGAUGAGUGUAGAUGAUACAUUGAUGUGCUCGUUCCAAAUAUUGAAGCCUGCAAGGAAGAUGAUGGGUGGUUCAACUAAUAACAAAUCUGGCUUCAAGUCAUUCAGGGGAUGGUGACAACGGCCUGAUGGUGGGCACGCUGCGUUCGACAGGGGGUACAUCUUACAGCGGCUGCAACUAACAGGCAUAUGCAUUUUCGCGGAAACCUGCUUGGGCCUUGGAAGGGCAAAGCAGAUGUAGAACUGUGCAUCUUCCAUGUUGGAUUAACACUUGAUGUAAUGUAUUGUUAUCGGUUUUUACUGUGCGGAUCUCCUUAUGAUAUGGGAGGAUGUGAAUGAGUACUGCCCUCCCCUUUGCGUCCUAAGAUUCGGAAAGAAUCCAUUCGCCAAUAAAAAUAGCCAGACUAUUCUC